AUGAUUGCCGAGUCCGUGUCGGUUGUCGUGGAAUCCGCGGCGACGAUCGUGGCCGACGCGGCGGCCACGCAAACGGCUCCUCCGGAACUGGGAGGCAUUUCCUAUUCCAAAGCAAGUUACUACACAAUUCUGGGAUUGUACGCCUUGAGUUUUCCUGGACUCUGGUCCACCGUGGCGCGAUCGACCAAGGCUAAAAUCAAGAGAAAGACCUACGUGUCGGCCGGGGAAAAAGCGGACGGAACGCAAGGAUUGGGACUGCGACAACAAGCGGGAGAAAUCAUGGCCUACAUGAAAGCCAACAAUUACGAAGUCGUGGAUGCCGGUGAGACGAUUACCUUUCGUGGAGUCAUUCCGCGCAGUCUUUCCCAGGCGCUCUUUUUGUCCUUCGUCACUAUUUUUGGUAUGCUGUCACUGGCGUUGGUGUUGAACAUUCAGUUCAACGACCUGGAGCUACCCCUGAUUGGCAAACCCAACUGGUACCUGUUAGCAUUGUUGGGACCCUACGCGGGUAUUUACUACUGGCAGUCCGGGGACCGUGUCGACGACUGUUCGGUAAAACUGGUCACCAACGAGGAAGAAACGGAAAACGAAAUUACGGUACAGGGAUCCGAAGAGGAACUCGAGCGAAUGUGGCGCACACUGGGCUGGCAAGAAAAAGGUAUGGUCCGAGUGGAUGGUCUUUUGGACAAGAAGAUGGGUACCGUGGAGACGAAAUGA